ACUUCUUAGACUGCAUCGUAAACCCAAAGAACACGAAACAGAAACAGAAGAAAGCGAAGGGAAAAAAAAUGGCAACCAUGACUGGUGUGAGUCUUUCAAGCCCCAGAGUUUUGUUCAACGCAUCUGGCUCACCCAAAAAUGCGCACGCCUUAAAAUUCGCACUUCCACUGCGCCAACCUAUGCGACCGGGUGGUGUCCAGGUGGGUCGGGUGCUGAGGAUCCAACCCGUUCGCGCGGCGCCGGAUAAGAUAUCGGAGAAGGUGGAGGAGAGCAUAAAGCACGCGCAGGAAGCGUGCGCGGGCGAUCCGACAAGCGGCGAGUGUGUGGCGGCAUGGGACGAGGUGGAGGAGCUGAGCGCGGCGGCGAAAGACGCGAGGGACAAGCAAAAGGAAAAGGAUUCGGACCCUCUGGAGACCUACUGCAAGGACAACCCGGAAACCAUAGAGUGCAAAACUUUCGAUGAAUGAGUCUGCAACACAAGUGGGAGUGCACGAUGGUAUUGCCUGUGCCAAGUAAAACUAUUGCCUUACACGACAUAUCAAUUCUGAAAAGCUAUGUGUUAAUGUUUCUUUUAGCAUAAUUCAUAGCAUAUCAUCGACACUCAUCGUAGUUUCAUGGUAACUUAUGUUAAACCAGAGCCAAGUUAUGCACUUUUUUUAUGUGUUGUGAUGCCUGAAGAACAUGUUAUUACUAGUUAGUAGCUACUUCAGGUUGGAUCAAAUCAUCGAAUUCACGAAAUAGAUAUCGAUUGCGUGACUGAGACUGAA